UAUUAUUUGUGUAGCCAUAUUGUUCGUGUUUUUAUGCUGUGUGUCAAGAGGAGUCAGGUUAGAGAAAUGACUUACGGAGCCUUUUCAGGCCCCGUGAUUAUGGUACGGGUUUUGUCCUUCUUGGAGCGGUCGCGAGAAUCGCGCUGCUCCCGAGGCGCUAGAUGCGCCUUCUGGCUCGGGGUUGUGUCCAUCGACUCCUGGGAGCCGCUGGACUUCCGCUCACUAGAGCGGGGUGUUUUCAGGGUAGGCCUUGCCUCGAAAAGCAGGGCCUUGGAGGCCACCAACCCAGAGGUCGAUGGGCCCUCCUUCGGGGACGGCGCAGCAGCGCUGGCUGCUGACGCCAGGGGGGCUGGUGGCACGGCCGCAACCACGCUCGUUGUGGUCUGGGCCGGAGCCGGAGUCUGCUGCGACGCUGCCCCCUUGCGCGCCGCACCAGCAUACCCUGAGGUUCGAGAGUAUGCUGCGUGUCCACCGUCACAGUUGGGACAGUGGGGUGUGCCAUUACAGUUGUUGGAUUCGUGUUCGUGGUCGCCACACUUUGCACAGGUUAGUCGGCCGCGGCAGCUUUGCGAACCAUGGCCAUACCUCUGACACUUGAAGCAUCUACGGGGGUUUGGGAUGUAAGGCCUGACUCGAAGUUUGGUAUAUCCUGUUUCUAAGGUUUCUGGCAAAACGCUGGACGCAAAGGUGAGGAUGAGAUGUUUAGUUGGGAUAUCUUGGUUGUCUCGCUUGAUCUUUAUUCUUUGCACCUGAAUCACAUUGUGUUCUUUCCAGCCCUCCAGGAGCUCUUCCUCGCUUAGGCUCAAUAGAUCUUCAUCAGAUAUGACUCCUUUAGAUGUGUUCAGUGAUCGGUGGGGGGUAACAGUGAUUUUCACAUCACGGAACGCUAAGAGACUGGA